AUGGAUCUCAAUAAACGCCUGUUCCAUCUCGAUAUCGAGAAUAAGCCCCAACCUCAACCCCUCAACUUCUCCAUGGUAACCACGCCACCGGACGAUGAGGAUGAUGACGAGGUGAAUCAUCUUGAACUUAAGGUCCGGUCGAAGCAAUCUCCUCACGAGCAUGACAAGCCGCAUCCCCGUGAAAAGAACAUGCCCGAUACCGAUGUGCAGCAACCUCCAGCGGGUCUAGGUCGAAUAUAUCGCUAUACCCCCAUUCCCAGCGUCAUUCUUGAUCCUUCAUUACAUGUCGUGGAGGUUUCUAAUUCCCACGUGGCGUUCGCCGGGCUAUCGAGGGAGCUGUUACUCGGCCGGUUCAUCUGUGACGUCUGUCCACGCAUACUGCCGGCCAUAGAUAUUGCUACUCUGUUUGGCGCAUUGCGCGCCGCCAUCACGACGCAGGACGUCCAGUCGAUCGACAAAAUUUGUAUAGAUGAUGCCAGCGCUUGCUAUACUCUUCGCAUUACCCCCAUUUUGGAAAACUCUAAUCUGUUAUACAUUGUCCUGGAGGCACUUGAUAUCACCAAGCGUCAGGUUAAAUCAGUGUCCAAAUCCCUUGGGUCUUACUCCAAUGAGACCUACAAGGUCCUGCUUGACACAGUCAAGGACUAUGCCAUCUUCAUGCUCGACACACAUGGCCAUAUUGUAACUUGGAACACGGGAGCAGCCCUGCUGAAAGGGUACUCAGCCAAGGAGAUCAUCGGACGUCACUUUUCCACCUUCUAUAGCCUGGAGGAUCGCAUGGCGGAUAAGCCCGGCAAAGAACUGGAGGUAUGUCUUCGGGAGGGCAAAGUGGAGGACGAAGGCUGGCGGUACCGCAAGGAUGGUUCUAGGUUUUGGGCCAACGUGUUGAUCACUCCUAUGUACGCUCUGGGCCGCCAUAUUGGCUUCACCAAGGUCACCCGUGACUUGACGGAACGCAAUGCAGCCGAAGCCCGCAUGAUCGCGGCCUUUGAAGAGUCAUCGAGGUUGAAGACUGAUUUUCUUGCCAACAUGAGUCAUGAGAUUCGCACGCCAAUGAACGGCAUGCUUUUAGCCCUCACAUCGCUGAUGGCCACGGAAAUGAACGAACAGCAGCGCGAAUAUUCUUCUAUCAUCGAAGAUUCGACCAACGUCCUACUCCAAGUCAUCAAUGACGUCCUCGACUAUUCCAAAUUGUCGUCGGGAUCUUUCACUCUACAUCCGGAUACUUUCAGUGUCGACAGUAUCACAAACGCGGUCGUGCGGAACUGCAAGGGCGCUCUGAAACCCGGCGUUCAACUGACCAGCUUCAUCUCACCCAACUUUCCGUCCCAGGUCGAGGGUGAUCCGUUGCGGUAUCGUCAGGUCCUCCAGAAUCUUAUCAGCAAUGCAGUCAAGUUCACCGAGGAGGGCUACGUCAAGAUUAACACCACUUUCUCCGAAGAUGCGGAGGAUCCCAGUGUAUAUAACAUCCGGACCGAGGUUGCGGAUACGGGAGUUGGUGUUCCCGAAGAUGCUCUUGGCUCGUUGUUCACACCAUUCACCCGCUUCGCCGAGUCUGGUUCGAAGAGAUAUCAAGGGACGGGUCUCGGCUUAUCGAUCUGCAAAAGUUUGGCCGAACUUAUGGAUGGCAGUGUCGGAUACCGGCCCAAUCCAGAGAGAAAUGGCAGUGUCUUCUGGGUCACAGCCAAGAUGCAUCGGGUGAGCGUGACGCCGCCCGCUAGAACGACUGGGACACCCGUUGAAGACGUCGGUGAUAUCGAACGAAAGAUCCAUGACAUUGCUCCUCACAAACACGUUCUGCUGGUUGAGGAUAACUUGGUUAACCAGAUGAUGAUGCUCAAGCUUCUCCAGAAUAUGGGCUUCGCGCGGAUUGAUACAGCAUGGGAUGGAGCAGAGGCGGUUCGACUGGUCAAGCAGCAGCCUUUAUCCUACAAUACCAUUCUUAUGGAUAUCGGCAUGCCGGUGCUGGAUGGUGUACAGGCGACACGCCAGAUACGGCAAAUGGAACUAGAGAUGCCCAUCAUUGCGCUUACAGGGAACGUUAUGCCAGGAGACAUAGAGCAUUACAUGAAGCAGGGAAUGAGCGACCAUAUCGGGAAACCAAUCCAUCAGAAACAAUUAAUGCGUUUGCUUUGGAAGUGGAUGGGGACAUGA